AUGCUUUUCAACUCUUUAUCAGUUGAGGCAGCAUUGCUUCUCGCCCUUCCUCAUCUCGCUUCCGCAGCUACCAGAAAGUUUGAUUUCGAUAUUGGCUGGGUCAGAGCUAAUCCUGACAAUGCUUUCGAGCGCCCAGUUAUUGGCAUCAAUGGCAAGUGGCCAAUCCCUACAAUCGAGGUUGACAUUGGUGAUCGGGUCAUCAUCAAUGCUCACAAUAACCUGGGCAAUCAAUCAACUUCCCUGCAUUUUCAUGGUCUCUACAUGAACGGCACCACCCAUAUGGAUGGCCCUGCCGGUGUCAGCCAAUGCCCAAUUGUUCCUGGAACCAGUUUCACGUACAACUUCACUGUCGACCAACCAGGUACCUACUGGUAUCACAGUCACACUGCUGCUCAGUACCCUGACGGUCUGCGUGCUCCCUUUAUUGUUCACGAUAAGGAUUUCCCCUACAAGGAUAAGUAUGAUGAAGAGGUUAUCUUCUCUCUCUCUGAUUGGUAUCAUGAUGAGAUGCAAUCCAUGAUUCCCAAGUUCAUGAGCAAGGCCAACCCUUCAGGCGCCGAGCCCGUGCCUAACAAUGCCUUGAUGAACGAGACCACAAACUUCACAAUGUCUGUCAAGCCCGAAACAACCUAUCUGUUCCGUACUAUCAACAUAGGCGCCUUUGCCGGCCAGUAUCUCUGGUUUGAGGGGCACAAGAUGCGCAUUAUCGAGGUCGAUGGUAUUUAUACCGAAGAGGCUGAGGCAGAGAUGAUCUACAUCUCGGCUGCUCAACGUGUCAGCUUUUUGCUCACUACCAAAAAGGACACUUCCAAGAACUUCCCAAUUGUUGCCAGCAUGGAUACUACUCUUUUUGAUGUCCUGCCCCCGGAUCUUAACUACAAUGCCACUGGCUGGCUCGUCUAUGAUGAAAAGGCUGACAAGCCAGACGCCGCUACUGUUGAGACUCUGGACCCCCACGAUGACAUGAAGCUUGUUCCAUACGACAAGAUGGGCAUUCUUGGGAAGCCUGACCAGGAGUUUACUCUCGAUGUCAAGAUGGAAAACCUCAAGGAUGGAGCCAACUACGCCUGGUUCAACAACAUCACCUACGUCGAAGCCAAGGUUCCCACUCUGUACACCGCCCUCAGUGCAGGCAAGGACGCUGAGGAUCCCAGUGUUUACGGCACUUACACGCACUCUAUGGUCCUUAAGAAGAACGAGAUCGUACAAAUUGUCGUGAACAAUCUCGAUUCUGGCCGCCACCCUUUUCAUCUUCACGGACAUGCAUUCCAGUCUGUCUACCGUUCCGAAGAGGAGGCUGGCAUCUGGGCCGAUGCCAAUGUCACUGAAGCCGAUCUGCCCAAAACCCCUAUGCGACGUGAUACUCUUGUCAUUUAUCCCAACGGUAACAUUGUUAUGCGUUUCAAGGCCGACAACCCAGGUGUUUGGCUAUUCCAUUGCCAUAUUGAAUGGCACGUGGUGUCUGGUCUCAUUGCCACCUUCGUCGAAGACCCUCUUACCCUUCAAGAGACCAUACAGAUUCCUAAGAACCACCUAGAUGCCUGCGCUGCUGCUGAUAUGCCGACAAAGGGAAAUGCAGCUGCCAAUACUGAGAACUUCCUUGACCUUACUGGCGAGAAUAAGCCUGCCAAGGCUUUGCCUGCUGGAUUCACCCCUCGUGGUAUCGUUGCUCUCGUCUUCAGCUGUAUCUGCGGUAUCCUCGGUGUAGCCGUCGUUGCAUGGUAUGGAUUUUCUGCACCUAUCGACCCAACCAGUGCCGGUGCUCUCAGCGCUGGCAUCGUUGAUGGUAGCGAUUCGGGUGACGGCAACCCUGCUCAGAAGGGACCUCAAGAGACAGUUGUUUCCCCUUCGGGUGGUGCGAGAAGUCACUAA